AUGGAAGCACCUCAGAUAUUCCAACUGUCAGUUGGAUCAACGUUCAAUGGCCUGGGCUCACAACAGAAGCUGUAUGCUCACUAUAUGUCUAAAGCGGCAUGGGGUGGCUCGCGCAUCAUCUUUAAGCAGGUAUCUCCGGAAGCCAAUCUAAUAUUUGAUUUUGUUAUGGCCCUUUAUAACAGCUGCGAUGGUGACUGGGAACGCCUCGCUAUCCGGGCCAAUCUUGACUUUAAAGAGGUCCAAUUGUUUCUAGACUACGCUGCAGUGUUUCUGUCCAAUAUGGGGAACUAUUAUGGAUCUGGUGACCAAAAGUUCAUUCCUGCUAUCCCUAAAGACAAGCUUGGGGCUUUAGCGGCUUCCGCGACCUCAAGUGCAACUACUCUUUGGGAACAAAUUCAAGAUGCGAUGUUCCAGACACCACCACUCAGUCUAGGGCCUCCAGACCAACUGACCCAGAGCACAUAUUACCCGGGACAUGAAAUUGCCUCGUUCCAGGAAGAUGUAGCCCUGGUUACAAAGGUCAUGGAUGAGCUCAAAAUACUGCCGGAGAACACUCGCCUAGAGAAAAGAACACUCUCUCUAGAGGAUGAAGUUCUCGACAUCCUCCAAGCGUCGGUGGAAGAGAGUAUUUCUAUCUGCCAUGUUACCAACAGUCCCACACCAAAUGGUAAGACAAUUCGCCUGGUGAACGGGGAUCACAAGGAUCAACUGGCACGCAUAAACGCAUAUCUGGAAAAAGCUCUGGAGUACGUCUCAAACCAAUCUCAGUAUGAAAUGAUACGUAAGAUCCAAGAAAGCUUUACCACCGGCAAUCUCGCAGCAUACAAAGGCUCUCAGAGAAUCUGGGUGAAUGAUAAGGCUCCACCAGUUGAAACGGUAAUCGGUUUCAUUGAACCUUACCGAGACCCACUUGGUAUUAGGUCUGAAUUUGAAGGAAUCGUUGGAAUACCUGAUCCCGACCAAACGAGGACACUGAAGCAACUGGCAAAGGAGGCAGAUGAGUUUGUCUACAGGCUUCCGUGGGUGAACAGAGAGUGCGGCACCAAAGGACCGUUUGAAAAAGAGGUAUUCAAGGCGCCGGACUUUUCCAGCGUCCAGAGCCACGGAACAGGGAGAUUCCUCGCAGAGACUUCCCCAGGCAACUUCAAUUUCAAUACUGCUCGGCCACCAUUGAACCCAAUUACCGGCAACCCGAUCAAAAAUUGGUAUCUACCUGGCCAGACGUGGACCGGAGUAUUCGGGGAUCUUUCAACUACCGUGGAUGAAUGUAGGGCAGAGCUUGUGGGCGCUUAUUUGAUUGACGAUCAAGACAUUCUGUCCUUGUUCGGGUAUACGCAGCACGGGGAGAUUAAGCCAGAUGACCUCGUCUACAACAUGUACCUUCAACUAGGUACUGACGGACUUCGAGGAUUGGAGAAUUACGAUCCCGCCACAAAGAAAUGGGGCCAAGCGCAUAGUCGAGCUCACUACGCCAUAUUACGCCAUCUCCUGCGUGACACCAAUGACCUCUACGCCAUCACAUGCGAUCCUCAAGCUGGAAGGCUAACGGUAAAGGUCAAUAGAGCUCGCAUUAUCCAUCAAGGGAAGCCUUCCCUUGGUCGCAUGCUGUUAAGGCUACACAUUUACCGCUGCACUGCCGAUAAUGUUGCUUGCCGCAGAUUUUACGAAGAUCUCUCUAGCGUGGACGAUGAAGCUCUGAAAUGGAGAGAAAUAGUCACCGCCAAAAAGGACCCGCCUCUAGCCUUCUCUCAUGCAAACACGUACCUUGAUGGUGAUGCUGUCAAAUUACGAGAAUAUGAACCGACAUCUAGGGGUAUCAUCCAAAGCUGGGCCGAACGGGGGUAUAUUUAA